GUUCGAACUGACGCGCCUGUCAAACGCAGAUCGACUUCCCAAGAAAAAAGAAAUGAGACUUCCAAGCUGCUGGAUGAAAGUUCUCGUUACCACCGUAGCUCUUCUGCUGUCCGAUUCUGAAGGCCUCCAUUCGUCUAGUUGCCAGAUUUGGCAAGCAGAUAUCCAACGAUCGGAAAGUUCUGUGAAGAUCUCCCGCAAUUAUAAAGGACUCUGGGUCUCGGAUAAGUGUGAAAUUCACCCAGGUCCACAGUUUCUUCUUCGCCGGUACCACAUUCUUCGCAAUGGCCGCUUUCACUUGUUAAGGUUCUAUUUCCAAGACCCUUGGUGUACGAAAGCUAAGUUCUGCGUUUCUGCUGUUGGUACAUUUGAUCCACCUCCGGGAAAGGCAACUUCUUCAUCUGCUUCCUGGGUAGUACCAGGAGGAAUGGAACUCGACUUCACCAUUCGAAGAAUCAACCUCGUUCCUUUUGACCACAAGACGGCUAAAAGUCUUUCUGAAAAAGUCAAUAGCUCUUGUCCGGGCACUGUAAAGUCAUCUUGGAAAAUUUACAAGAAGUAUAAAGUGAUGUUCUACAACGAAAGGAGGAUUAAGAACGUUGCUGGUGACAAUGCGGAAUUAAACUCAGCUGACUAUUUAGACUGCACCACAUCUCUUGACAUCACCUUCAACGAGCUCCAGCUGAUUCGUCUGGAGCAUCGAAUGUCCUUGGAGAAUGCUGCGGAUCCUCGAGAGGACUCCUCAGAAGGACAUCGAAAGUAUCGGUCUCACCUGUUUCUGGGGGCAGACAGGUCAAAAUCUCGAAAUCGACCGACGCAUUACCAAUCACCUCUCAUCCCUGCACAGACCACAUCCUGUCCUGUGUGCCGUUUGCUAUCCAAAGCAACUGCCACUUCAGCCCCAGAAUUACAUACUCCACGAGUCCUCCACUUGCCUCCUAAUGAUAUAGAAGGUCAAUGGAUGAGUCUGCGCUGCGAAGUCCGGCCAUACGGCCUAUUCUUGAAACGUUCUUUCGUUUUCAGUCUUCACAAUAAGCAAUGGCAGGGAAUGCAUGCUUAUUUCAAAGAUCCCAACUGCAUGAGUCCCAUGUUCACGCUAAAUGCCAGCGGAACGUUCAUUCCUGGGCCACCGUCGAAGACAAUACCUGAUGCGGCUCAAUACGACUUCCAAAUUCUUGAUUCAACUGUGACUCCAGAAGAUCAAAGCUUCGUCAGCAACAUGAAUGGUUUGCCUACUUGUAGAUCCAAGACUCUGUGGAAACUCGGAGUGGCAAUGAACUUGACAGACUUUGGUGGUUGCAAAGAAUUAGGAGUACAGAUACCUUCGAUUGAACUCGAUUUAGUCAGAUUUGAACAUCAAAAACCGAAUGUGAGGUAUUUGUUCCUAGGGGAUGUAUCUGAAGAACAAGCGAGACCAACUAGUUUCCAACCACCUUUGGUGCAGUGCUCGGACAGUCGAUAUGCAGAUAAAAAUUUAUUAUACAACGAACUACGCCCAUUACCGUUGGUGUCAAAAUCUUGUAAACUAUUUUGUGAUGGCAGCUGUUUCCUCUCUGCACUAAUUCUUUCGUCGAUUAUAAUACACUGCAAAGUUUUCACCUUUUUAAAAGUGAUGUAAAACAAGUAGACAGAAAAACAAAGAAAUUAUGUACGAAUUAUCUUUUAAGAUUUUAGUUUGCACCGAGAUCACCACUGUAACUAAAAUAAAUGUUUUGAUGUUUAAUUGCGCUCUGAGAGGAUAUUCCAUUUUAGACCAGUAAAAGUUUACUCAUGAAUACUAAUUAUUCUUUAAAAAGUCAUUAUGUUGUAAUAGUUAGAAAGAAAUGCAAGUUUUAAAGACAGUAAAUGUACGUCAAUGACAACUUAAUUAAUAUUUACCGUAUUAUCUUUAACA